UAAUUCGUGGAUUGCUGCAGAAAAUUACUCAAAGGAAUUGGCGAUGAACUUUUUUGUGAGGCUUUCAAAGGCUGGCGUCUCCACCAGUUUUGUGCGUAUUCCCGGUCCUGGUGCAACUUCUGUGCUACGUUUAAAAGAGGAAAAUCAGCCACCAGUCAACUGCAUUUUAAUGCUCACGCCAAACGAUGCAACGUCUGGAUUUGUUAGAGAAGCAGCAGAUUUAGGUGGUACCACAGGCGAUUCGAUUCAAUGGUUCCAUUUGAGAUACGGAGACCAGAGAAAUUUAACUGCUGACGUUGGGCUGCGUUCAGACACUAUCUUAACGUCCGCCUAUUUUACAUCAAAGGACUACGCAAAUUUGUUUCGCUGGAACGGACUCCAGCAUGUUGAGAAAUCGUCUUGGCAGGGCCCUGGAAGAAUCCCUGCUGACAUAACAGAUCAGCCAAACAAGGACUUGACAGGGCAAAAGCUUAGUGUGGCAGUUUUCGACGAUCCUCCUUUUGUAUAUAUUUCCAAUGCAAGCGCCAGUGGAGCUAUAAACGAGACUCAAAUAACUGGAUGGUUAGUCGACAUUUGGAGGGAUCUUUCGAACAUUUUAAAAUUUACUUCAUCUUUCUACAGGCCAACGCGAGUAGAUGCCAACAUUGGAAUCUUUAAGCGAGCCGUUGAGGAACUUAAAUCAGGAAGAGCCGACGUAGUUUUGUAUCCGUUUGUGGUUACUGCAAAUGUUCUUGACGCCGCCGAAUUUUCAAUGCCAGUUAUUAAUUUGAGGUAUCGAUUUCUGCUGCCUCGAGUUUCUGCAACAUCAAGCAUCGACCAAUUUGUCCAACCGUUUCAAAUACUUCUAUGGAGGAUAAUUGCUGGCAUUUGGACUCUGGCUGUCGCUUUAAUAACAAUCGCCUACAUACUUGGCCGCUAUUAUGAAUUUGAAGACCAAGGUUUUCCAAUUUUUCAGUUAAAGGAGUCUGUUAUGAUGGUGUACGGAUCGCUCUUUGCUCAGGGCCCUGAUUUUGCACCACUUUCCUACUCGGGUCGCAUAAUCUUGUGGUCAUCGUUCCUUUUUGCGUUUGUCAUAAACCAAGCGUAUUCUGCCGCUUUAAUUUCGAAACUGACAGUGGGAACGCUGGAGCCGCCGUUCACUAACUUGGAUGGAAUGAUUGACUCCAAAUAUACAGUCCUUUACACUGUCGAUUCAGCUCCAAACCGACUAGUGGUCGAUGCUGCAAAAGGUUCGUGGAGAGAACUUGGUGAUAGGAAGCCUUAUCCACGACUAAUGUCGUCAUUAUCUGAAGCGGUGCUAGAAGUUUCACGAUCGUGGACCGCGUCAACCCUAUUAGAAACCAAGGAGAGGCUUUUACCACAGUUUAACAAAGAACCAUUAAACUGCAAAACCACGAUGCUGCCAACAGAUAUUAUGAAGGCUCCAGGACAACUAAUGUUUUCCAAGAAUUCGCCCUACAAAGCGGCCAUCGAUCAGCAACUGGUGUCGAUGAGAGCAAGCGGCCGUCUGCACAGAGCCCGUUUGAGCUGGUUGGGCCGCUAUUUUGACGAACCCUGCCCCAAAGACACGACGCUGCCGCAGUUUGGCCUUGACAGCGUCAUUUUGCCGUUCGCCAUCCUGGUAGCAUCUUUAGGAGUAUCCGUAUUACUGCUCGCAAUCGAGUUGGCAAUCAAAAAGUGGCUCGGCCGUCUCAUGAAGGAUGACGACUGGCCAAGCAACCUGCAGGAAAUCGCCAGGCAAAAGGGCAUGCGCAUCUCGAAAAAUUGGCUCAAGGUGAAGAAAAACUUGCCAUUGGCGCAGGACAGCAGUGCAAAGUGAUGGAGCAUCAAGACAUCUUAAUACUAUCGAAAAUAUGUAUUGCGAAUAAACGUAUUCUAAACU